UGUCAAUGAGUAACAUUUAAGGGUAGAGUUUUCGUCUACUGACACUUCCCUUUCGGCCCAAUACACCAGCAAAACUCUUAAAUUGACUCCAAUGUAAGGAGGGGGUAUAAUGUAAGACAGCGAGCCGACUCCUCUAGCCUUUGCAUUGAAUUUGAAAGGACUCGCGUGCAAAAUGGUCAGUCAGCUGCCCGCACAGUCUGCUGAUUUAGACAAGCUCGCUCCAUCCGGUCAGUUUGCCGUCGCUGUGGUCAGCAAUCUCCAGAGAUCGCGUUCGAGCUCCGAUCGCCGGCGGCUCGUGUUGAUCCUGCUCGCCAGCGACCUGGGCACCUAUAUUAGACGCCUGCUGGCCCGUGUGGCGGAGAAGGCAUGUACGAUCCUACGCACGUAUCUGGGGCUUAGCUACCGGGAAGUGUCCAUAUCCCCGGACAUGGCCCACAGACUGUCCGUCGUUGGCCGGAAGACACUGGUCCUGGACCUGGAUGAGACUCUGGUGCACUCAUGUUACCUCGAUCCGGAUACCCACGAUAACGUGGGAUGCAGCCAGUUGCCCGAAAACGCACGACCGGACUAUGUGCUCAAUAUUUCCAUCGACGGGAUGGAACCUAUCGUUUUCCGGGUCUUCAAGCGGCCGCAUGUCGACGAGUUCCUGGACUUCGUGUCCAAGUGGUACGACCUGGUGAUCUACACGGCCAGCCUGGAGGCUUAUGCCGCCCAGGUUGUGGACCAACUGGACGCGGGGCGAGGAUUGAUGACUCGCCGCUUCUAUCGCCAGCACUGUCGAGCCUCCUCGCCAUUGGUCUCCAAGGACCUGACAUUGGUCAGCCCUGACAUGAGCGGCGUUUUAAUCAUCGACAACUCGCCGUACGCGUACCGCGACUUUCCCGACAACGCAGUUCCCAUUAAGACCUUCAUCUACGACCCCGACGACACGGAGCUGCUGAAGAUGCUGCCCUUCCUCGAUGCCCUGCGCUUCACCAAGGACGUUCGCUCCAUUCUCGGUCGGCGCGUUAUCCGCCAUUACCAUAACCGAUCUACCAUUUCAUCCCAUCAUUAAACGAAUUGACUGUAGCCUGCAUUGUUAGAAUAAAGAAAUAGCAUGAAAUU